AAGACCCCAAAACAUGCAUACUUCGAUGGUUGAACAUUUGGACAAUUUGGUUGGAUUUGCAUAUAAAUAUCUCACGUACACGUACGAGUGCUUACAGUCGUAGUAAAAUAUUUGUUAGGUGCAUAUUGCCGUAGGAAGCACCGGGCAAGUCUUAUCAGCUAACGGCUGGAAUAUUGUGCAACUUUAAGUAGAAGCAAGUGUUAAGUAGAAAAGAGCGCAAUGAACGUGAAAGUAGGUGUUGGACCUUUCAUUGAUCAAAGUUGAACCAUUUUUCAAUAACAUAGCAAUUUCUACAACUUUUCAGAUUCUGAUUCUGGGUGCAUUAUUAGUUGGUGUCUGUGGUGCAUCAAUUAUCCAGCAAGAGCAGGAGCAGAACCCAGACGGAUCGUACCGGUACAGUUACGAAACCAGCAACGGGAUCAAAGUUAAGGAGGAGCGUGUUAUGGAGAAUGCCGGUACGGAUCAGGAGAAAAUGGUUGUGAAGGGUGAGUACAGUUACGUUGGGCCAGAAGGGAAGGUGUACACGGUGGAAUAUAUUGCGGACGAGAAUGGCUUUCAACCUUCCGGAAGCCACAUUCCCACGGCACCACCGAUACCAUUGCUGAAGAAGCGAUCCCUAGAAUAUCCCGCCAGCUACACACAGGGUGCCAGUCUUUCACGGAUCUCCUAGAAUUGAUCGAAGCCAUACUGUUAUUUGUGUCUUAUUUCGUGUUCAUAUAUUUAAUAUAUAAUACAAAUGUUAACAUUUCAACCUUUUUUAAUUCGCUGUGAAGAAAUUAUUGGUUAGUGCGUCCAUCCCGGG